AUGUCGAGCAUCACCAGCUUCGGCCGUGCUGGUCACGAUUCCGACGUCAAACUAGCCAGCGAAGAGCAGCUUGCUACCAUCCGCAGAAUGGCCCAGAUCGUCGCACGCAUCUUCUACGAAGAUCGACACGUUGUCCUCAUGGAUCAGCUCGUCAGCAUCACUGUUCUUCCAGCCGACAUUCUCGCACAUCGCCUCGGCAUCCAGGUCAAGGAGCUCGCAGCUCUUUCGUCCAAGCUGUUGGAGGACAAGCUUAUCUGCACGUUCCGCCGAAACGAGAUCAGAGACGCCAUCACGAAUCGUAGCGUACCUCGAACCUACUACUAUCUCGACUUCAAGCUGUUCCUCGAUGUUACAAAGUGGCGCAUGAUGUCGAUCCGCAAGAAGAUCGACACUCGCCUCCGAAACGAGCUCGACAACAAAGGAUACGUCUGUCCCAGGUGCAAAAAGUCAUACUCCACCCUCGAGGUGGCGCAUCUGCUCGACAUGUUUCGCAACGUCUUUGUCUGCGAGACUCCGGGAUGCAGCACCGAGCUCGUCGACAACGAAGAAGCAGAGGACGUCAAGAGGAGCAAGGACAGUCUCAUGCGCUUCAACGAGCAGCUAUCCACCUUGCUCGGAGGUCUCCGUCACACAGAGGGCAUCACGCUUCCGCCUCUCGAUGUCGGCGCUUGGCUCACCAAGCAUGCCGCUUCACAGCCUUGGUUCGCCAACAGGUCCGACGACGCUUCUUUCGCUCCCUCCUCCUCGACUGUCAACGGUGCUCCGGCUCUGCACGUCGAUCUCGCGUCCAACGAUCCGGCGGCCGAAGCCGCUCGUCGACUCGCCAAGCAGAAGGCAGAAGACGAACAGCGAAAGCAGAACGCCCUUCCCGCAUGGCACCUUGCCAGUACCGUCAGCGGCGAGCAAACCGCUCUGGGUCGCAAGCAGCAACGUCUUCACUCUUCCAAUGGCUAUGAUGUCGACGAGGGCAAGGAAGACGACGACGCCGACGAUGACGAUUACUAUGCGCAGUACGCCAGCUUGCAGACAGCAGAGGCGGCCGCAGCCGCAGCAGACUCGUCAUCCAAGCCCAGUCAAGCACCUUCAGUUGAUGAGGAAGAUUUUGAAGACUUCGAACCUGUCACACAACCACCGGCCGAUGCGAGCAUACAGCGAAAGCGAUCACGGUCUGCCUCAGCCAGUGACGCCGACAAUAAGCGCGCCAAGCCUACAACACCCGUGGACUCCGCUGCGACCGGUGCUGCCAUGGCAGAGAACGGCGACGACGACGACGAUGGCAUGGACGACUUUGAAGAUGUCGUGUAG